GUAGGUUUUGGAGAGUUGCCUUUUGAUAGCACCGACAGCUUCAGCAGUUAUCCUGAUCUGUGUUUCCGAGUGUCAAAUUACUGUUUCUUGUGUCACAAGGCAUUUUUCUGUGGCCGAAGUGACUAUUUCAAAGCCCUCCUAGAGGACCACUUCUCUGAGAGUGAGGAGCUACAAACCCAACCCAGUAUCCCCGUGGUGACUCUCCAUGACAUUUCAGAGGAGAUCUUCAUCAGAGUUCUGUAUUACAUCUAUAGUGAUGACACAGAGGUGAGACCGGG